CUCGGAUCUGUUCCCUGGCAUCAAGCUACCAGAGCCUGACUACGUGGCCCUGAAUGAGGCAGUCAGGCAAAACUGCGAUAAGAUGAACCUCCAGUGCACUCCAUUCUUCCUGGAGAAGAUGCAGCAGAUUUAUGAGAUGAUGAUAGUGCGUCACGGCUACAUGAUUGUUGGUGAACCCUUUGGUGGCAAGACUUCUGCCUACAGAGUGCUGGCAGGAGCACUGGGAGAUCUGCAUGAGAAGGGUCUAAUGGAAGAAAACAAAGUACAAAUCUUUGUCUUGAACCCCAAGUCCAUCACCAUGGGUCAGUUGUACGGUCAGUUUGACCCUGUGUCCCAUGAGUGGUCAGAUGGUGUGCUGGCUGUGUCUUACAGAAACUUUGCACAGUCUACAACCCCAGACAGGAAAUGGCUCAUCUUUGAUGGCCCAGUGGAUGCCAUCUGGAUUGAGAACAUGAACACAGUGCUGGAUGACAACAAGAAGUUGUGUCUGAUGAGUGGUGAGAUUAUACAGCUGGCCAGCACUACCAACCUUAUGUUUGAGCCUAUGGACUUGGAGGCUGCAUCCCCUGCCACUGUGUCCCGCUGUGGUAUGAUCUACAUGGAGCCGUCCUCUCUUGGUUGGCGGCCAGUGGUCAAGUCCUGGCUGAAUGUGCUACCAUCAACUCUGAAUGAACUACACAAGCAAGCCAUUAAUGAGCUGUUUGAGAGGUUUUGCGAUGCCUGCCUGGCUUGUGUCAGAAAGCAGAUGAAGGAACUCUCUCCAACUUCUGAUACCAACCUGGUCAAGUCUUUGAUGAACCUGAUGGACUGCCAGAUGGAUGAGUUCCAGGAUGAAGCCAAGUUCAGUCAGCUGGAUGAGAGACAGGUCUUUGGCUGGAUAGAGGGAAUGUUCAUUUUUGCACUGACGUGGUCUUUAGGUGCCAGCAGUGAUGACAAGAGCAGGUACUCCAUGGACGCAUUGGUGAAAGAACUACUGCAGGGUGGCAUGCAAGAAGAAACGCGUGCUAAGUUGAGCCUGAUAAAUUUAGUGGAUCCACCGAUGAAGCCUUACAUGGUAGACUUUCCAAAGGAAGGGACCAUUUAUGAUUACAAAUUCCUCAAAGAGGGUAACGGCAAAUGGCAGAAAUGGGACCUGGAUAUCAAGGAUGCUCCCCCUAUCCCCAAGGAUGCCCUGUUCAAUGAGAUCAUUGUCCCCACUGUGGACACCGUCCGCUAUACCCACCUGAUGAUGACACUGGUCACACAUCAGAAGACUUGCCUCUUUGUGGGACCCACUGGGACAGGAAAAAGUUGUUAUAUCAUUGACUUCCUGCUGAACAAACUAGACAAAGAUGUGUACAAACCUAACAUAGUGAACUUCUCAGCCCAGACCACCUGCAACCAAACCCAGAACAUCAUCAUGUCCAAGCUGGACAAGAGGAGGAAGGGAGUGUUUGGUCCACCCCUGGGAAAGAAGGCUAUUGUAUUUGUUGAUGACCUGAACAUGCCAAUGAGAGAGACGUAUCUUGCCCAGCCUCCUAUAGAGUUACUGAGGCAGUGGAUGGACCACUGGAACUGGUAUGACCUCAAGGACACCACCAUGAUCAAACUGAUAGAUAUCCAGCUGAUGGCAGCCAUGGGACCACCAGGUGGUGGUCGUAACCCGGUGACUCCCAGAAUGCUGCGCCAUUUCAACACUAUCACCAUGAAUGAGUUUGACAAUGAAUCUAUGAGCACAAUAUUCAGGAGAAUCAUGGACUGGCACAUUACUUCAAAGGGUUUCUCCAAGCAGUUCAAUGCCUGUGUGGACAUGGUGGUCAGUGGUACUAUGGAUGUCUAUAAGAAAUCUCUGGAGAUGUUGCUGCCCACCCCAGCCAAGUCCCACUACCUGUUUAACCUGCGUGACUUCAGCAGAGUGGUCCAGGGCGUCCUGCUGUCCAUACCUGACACCACAGAGGAACCCGCCUCCAUGAAGAGGCUCUGGGUUCAUGAGGUGUUCCGAGUGUUCUAUGACAGGUUGGUGGAUGAUGCAGACAGGAGCUGGCUCUAUGGGUAUGUUAGAGAAGUCGUGAAGACCAGACUGAGUGAAGAUUUUGAUCAACUUUUCAUCCAUUUGGAUUCUGAUGGAGAUAAUAAGGUAACUGAGGAUGACUUGCGUAGCUUGUUGUUCUGUGACUUUGCUGAUCCAAAGUCAGAUGCUAAGAACUACAUUGAGAUCCGUGACCUGAACUCUCUGACCACUGUUGUGGAGGGCUACCUGGAUGAGUUCAAUAAUAUGAGCAAGAAACCUAUGAACCUUGUCAUGUUUAGAUUUGCCAUUGAGCAUGUGUCACGUAUCUCCCGAAUCAUCAAGCUGCCCAGAAGUCACGCUUUGUUGGUGGGAGUUGGAGGAUCUGGACGUCAGUCUCUUACCAGGCUGGCUGCACAUAUGUCAGACUAUGAUCUGCAUCAGGUUGAGAUCAGCAAAAGUUACACCAGUGUAGAAUGGCGUGAAGAUCUCAAACUUAUCCUGCGUAAGUCUACAGAGACUGAUCAGCAUGCUGUGUUCCUGUUCUCAGACACACAGAUCAAACAAGAAUCCUUCCUGGAGGAUAUCAACAACUUAUUAAACUCUGGAGAAGUUCCUAACCUUUACCCUGCUGAUGAGAAGGCUGAAGUCUGUGAGAAAAUGAGGCAAAUUGACAGACAACGGGACAAGAGCAAACAAACAGAUGGCUCCCCUGUCAGUUUGUUUAACAUGUUUGUUGGGAGAUGUAGAGAUCAGCUCCAUAUUGUACUGGCCAUGAGUCCUAUUGGUGAUGCAUUCAGGAACAGACUGAGGAAGUUCCCCUCUUUGGUCAACUGCUGUACUAUAGAUUGGUUCCAGUCCUGGCCAGAGGAUGCCCUGCAGGCUGUAGCCACACGCUUCCUUGAUGACAUAGAGAUGGAGGACAACAUCCGAUUUGGCUGUAUUUCUAUGUGUAAGGAUUUCCACACCACCACCAGAGAGCUCUCAGAGAGGUUCCUGAAUGAACUGGAGAGACACAACUACGUGACGCCCACAUCCUACCUGGAGCUCAUCAACACUUUCAAAGAACUGCUCAACAAGAAGAGAGACGAGGUGAUGAAAGCCAAGAGGAGAUACGAGGUGGGUCUGGAAAAGCUCCAGUCUGCAGCCUCGCAGGUGGCCGUAAUGCAGCAGGAGCUGACUGACCUGCAGCCACAGCUGGUGGUGGCCAGUAAGGAGGUGGAACAGAUCAUGAUCAAAGUGGAGUCCGAGUCAGUGGAGGUGGCCAAAGUUGAGAAGGUUGUGAAAGCUGAUGAAGCUGUUGCCAAUGAGCAGGCUUCGGCUGCUAAAGCUAUCUCAGAUGAAUGUGAAGCUGACUUGUCGGAGGCCAUUCCAAUCCUGAACAGUGCUCUGGCAGCUUUAGACACCCUCACACCACAGGACAUCACCCUGGUGAAAUCUAUGAAGAGCCCUCCAUAUGGUGUCAAGCUUGUUAUGGAGUCUAUCUGUGUACUAAAAGGAAUCAAACCAGAACGUAUACCAGACCCCUCAGGGUCAGGCAAGAAGAUAGAGGAUUACUGGGGACCGUCUAAGAAACUGUUGGGUGACAUGAAGUUCCUGGAAUCCCUGCAUUCUUAUGACAAGGACAACAUACCCCCAGCAGUGAUCAAGAUUAUCAGGGAGAAAUAUGUCACCAAUCCUGACUUUGUUCCUGAGAAGAUCAAGACUGCCUCCACUGCAGCUGAGGGUCUCUGCAAGUGGGUUAGAGCUAUGGAAUCCUAUGACAAGGUGGCUAAGGUGGUGGCACCCAAGAAAGAAGCCCUUAAGAAGGCUAAUGCUGAGCUAGCAGUUGCUAUGGCUGCACUGGAGAAAAAGAGGGCAGCACUGAAAGAAGUCCAGGACAAGCUGGCUAGACUGACAGAGCAGUUAGAGCACAACAAACAGAAGAAGGUUGACUUGGAGAAUCAGGUGGAUCUCUGUGAGAAGAAACUGGAGAGGGCAGAGCAGUUGAUUGGAGGUCUAGGUGGUGAGAAGGACAGAUGGAGCCAGUCUGCUGAAGAACUUGGCAUUAAGUAUAUCAACCUGACUGGAGAUGUACUGGUCUCUUCUGGCUUGGUGGCCUAUCUGGGAGCUUUCACUUCAUCAUUCAGACAGGAACAAGCCAAGACAUGGCAGAAUAGUGUGGUCAGUAAGAAUAUUCCAUGUUCCCCAGUGUUCUCCCUGGUCACUACCCUGGGAGACCCAGUGGCCAUCAGGUCGUGGAACAUCUGUGGUUUGCCCACUGACAACUUCUCUGUGGAGAACGGUAUCAUCAUCAGUAAUGCUCGUCGUUGGCCCCUCAUGAUAGAUCCCCAGGGCCAGGCCAAUAAGUGGAUCAAGAACAUGGAGAAAGCAAACCAGUUGGCUGUUAUCAAACUCAGUGAUAGUGACUUUGUCAGGUCCCUGGAGAAUGCUAUACAGUUUGGAACUCCAGUACUGCUGGAGAAUGUACUUGAAGAAAUAGACCCAAUGUUGGAGCCCCUGUUACUGAAGCAGACAUUCAAGCAGGGUGGUAGUCUGUGUAUAAAGCUGGGAGACAGUACGAUAGAGUACUCACAUGACUUCAGGUUUUAUAUGACCACCAAACUGAGGAAUCCACAUUACUUGCCUGAGACCUCUGUCAAGGUGACCUUGUUGAACUUUAUGAUCACCCCAGAGGGUCUUCAGGACCAGCUACUGGGUAUUGUGGUAGCCAGAGAGAGACCAGAGCUGGAGGAGGAGAAGAAUGCACUCAUUCUACAGAGCGCAGAGAACAAAAGGCUGCUCAAAGAAAUUGAGGACAAAAUCCUGAUGGUCCUGUCUACAUCAGAGGGCAACAUCCUUGAAGAUGAGACGGCCAUUAAAGUGCUGUCCUCCUCCAAGGUCCUGGCCAAUGAGAUCUCGGAGAAACAGGCCAUUGCUGAGGAGACUGAGCAGAAGAUUGACAAGACACGUAUGGGCUACACUCCCAUUGCUGUGCAUUCCACCAUCCUGUUCUUCUCCAUUGCUGACCUGGCCAACAUAGAGCCUAUGUACCAGUACUCUCUAACCUGGUUCAUCAACCUCUUCAUACUGUCCAUUGACAAUGCAGAGAAGUCUGAGGAUCUGGACACUAGGCUGCUGAACCUGAAGAACCACUUCACUUACAGCUUGUAUUGCAACAUCUGCAGAUCUCUGUUUGAAAAGGACAAGCUGCUGUUCUCAUUCUUGCUGUGUGUGAACAUGUUGAAGCAUGACAAAGAGAUAGACGAGGAGGAGUGGAGGUUCCUGCUGACCGGAGGCGUGGGACUGGACAACCCCCAUAGUAACCCCUCCACCUGGCUGCCGAUCAAGUCCUGGGAUGAAUUCUGUCGUCUGGAUGACCUGCCUCACUUCAAAGGACUCCGACAGAAGUUCAUCACAUAUAAAGACCAGUGGAAAACCAUUUAUGACAGUUUGGAACCCAAUAAAGAGCCUUUGCCUGGGGAUUCCAAUGAAAAACUGAACACUUUCCAGAAAAUGCUGGUUCUCCGCUGUCUAAGGCCGGACAAGAUUGUCCCAGCAGUCCAGAGUUUUGUGACAGAAAAGAUUGGGAAGAAGUACAUAGAGCCUCCACCAUUUGACCUUCCCAAGGCUUAUGGUGACAGUAACUGCUGUGCCCCUCUGUUGUUUGUACUGUCUCCUGGUGCAGAUCCCACAGCCGCGCUGCUCAAGUUUGCUGAUGAUCAGGGUUUUGGUGGUGCAAAGUUUGAGUCUCUGUCCCUUGGUCAGGGCCAGGGCCCCAUUGCUAUCAGGCUGAUAGAUAAAGGCAAAAAAGAAGGGACAUGGGUCCUGCUCCAAAACUGUCACUUGUCCUCUUCAUGGAUGCCUACACUGGAGAAGAUUUGUGAGGAGUUUAACCCAGAUGAGACUCACCCAGACUUCAGGCUGUGGCUGACUAGCUACCCAUCCAAUGAUUUCCCAGUGUCCAUCCUGCAAAAUGGUGUCAAGAUGACCAAUGAACCGCCAAAGGGUAUCCGUUUCAAUGUCAUCAGAUCCUAUGGCAGCGACCCCAUCUCAGAUCCAGAAUUCUUUGGUGGAGUGAAAAACCAGUCGGCUUUCAAGAAACUCCUGUAUGGCCUGUGCUUUUUCCAUGCCUUGGUGCAGGAGAGGAGGAAGUUUGGUCCCCUUGGUUGGAAUAUUCCAUACGAGUUCAAUGAAACUGACCUUAGAAUUAGUGUUAUGCAGUUGGCUAUGUUCUUGAACCAGUAUGAUGACAUCCAAUACGAUGCUAUUCGUUACCUGACCGGAGAGUGUAACUAUGGCGGUCGUGUGACUGAUGACAAGGACAGACGUACUCUCACCUGUAUCCUAAACAGGUUCUACACGCCUGAGAUCAUCAAUGACGAAAACUUCAAGCUGGAUGGACCUGAUGGAUCAUUUUUAAUUCCACCUGAGGGUGAUUACGAGAGUUACAUUGAGUACACUAAGGGUUUCCCCUUGAACCCAUCCCCAGAAGCCUUUGGAAUGAACUCCAAUGCUGAUAUCACUAAGGACCAGAAGGAAACCAACCUUCUGUUUGACAACAUUCUGCUGACACAGGCUAAAGCUUCCUCUGGUGGUGGAAAGUCCACAGAUGAUGUUGUUGACGAGGUCUGUGAGGACAUCUUAAACAAACUGCCACCAAACUUCGACACGGAGGCAGCAUUAAGGAAGUACCCCACCUCCUACAAGCAGAGCAUGAACACCGUGUUGGUCCAAGAGAUGGUCAGGUUUAACAAAUUACUGAUCACUAUCAGAUCCAGUCUGCAGAACAUUAGGAAGGCUAUCAAGGGAUUGGUUGUGAUGUCAGCUGAUUUGGAGGAAGUCUACCUGAGUAUUGUAAAAGGCAAGAUCCCAGGCAUGUGGAUGAAGAAAUCUUAUCCAUCUCUUAAACCACUGGGAAGCUAUGUCAAUGAUUUCUUGGCCAGACUCAAGUUUUUGCAGGACUGGUAUGACCAGGGGGCCCCAAAUAACUUCUGGGUGUCAGGUUUCUACUUCACACAAGCCUUCUUGACUGGAGCUCAACAGAACUAUGCCAGGAAGUACACUAUUCCUAUAGAUUUACUGGGCUUUGACUUUGAGGUCAUGGAGGACAAACACCCUGAUGAACCACCAGAGGACGGUGUGUAUGUAUAUGGGCUGUUCUUGGACAGUGCUAGGUGGGACAGAAAGACAAAGAAACUGGCAGAAUCCUUGCCCAAGGUCCUGCAUGAUGCCAUGCCGAUUAUUUGGCUGAAGCCCAUGAAGAGAAGUGAGGUUCCACAGCGUCCCUGCUACGAGUCUCCCAUCUACAAGACCAGUGAGAGGAGGGGCACCCUGUCUACUACUGGUCACUCCACAAACUUUGUCAUCUUCAUGUCCCUGCCCUCUGACAAGCCACCCCAGCACUGGGUGAUGAGGGGGGUGGCCAUGCUUUGUCAGCUGGACAACUAAAACAUAUGUUAAUUCUUUGGAACUAUUGCUGCACAUUGACAACCAGAUGAUGUGUUUGCUGUGGUUAUUCACAGGAUUUAGCUCAUACAUAUGGACUCAAAACAAUAUAAUAACCAUAGUGGAUUGUUUGUAUAUUUGUGAUUUGACUGCAUUUAUAUCUAUAUCUGUGUCAAGAUUUAUACUGUACAGUGACCUUGAGCAAAUUGUGGGUAUAUUUUAUUUUUUGGUUUCACAUUUUGCUUGACACCACCAAAUAUUCACAAACAUAUCAGAUGUUCUUGAAAAGUGAUUUGCAAUUUAUAACUGAUUCCACCCACAACAAAGUUGUCCAUUGAAUUUUUGCAGUGCCUUGAUCUUAGCAAGCACACCAGUUAUGAUGGCCAAAAGAAUGGAAUACUGACUGUGAUAGACUUGUACAUAAUUUGUAUUAUACAAUAUGAAUGUUUUGAAUAGUUUUAACUGUUUUUGUGGGUGAAUAUUCAACUAACCGCAUUCCGUCCCAAGUAAUAAAUUGUAGCCAAAGUGUAUACUGUUACUUUCUAUUUUGGACAUUAUUUUGAUUAAUCUAGAUAAUUGUAUGUUUAUUGCUUAAAGAUUAUGUAUACAUAGC